AUGUUUGUGAAGAAGAAGACCAAGACCCCGGCAAGAAAGGUGUAUCAGUCUCAGGCUCGUGAUAAUACUCCCUCAAAUGCUCCUAUUAUUGAGGAUGUCACAGAUGAAGAAGAGCUUUCUGCUGAAACCUUUCCCAUUGGUUCCAAUCAAGAUGUUGUGCCCGAUGUUAGGGCUUCUGUACCUGAAGAUAUCCCUGAUCAAGAAACUUCUGGGAAGGAAUCCACUGCUCGUGAAGAUUCAAGUGUACCCACUCAUUCUCAUGGUUCUUCUUCUCCUUCGAAAAAGGAUGAACCAGUGCAUGUGUCCAUUGAUGAUUCUCAGUCCAAGGAAUCAAGUCAGGCUCCUGUUUCUGUUCAGAACAUCUCUGAUGAUGACUCUGAUGAUGUUCCUUUAACUGCUUCUCUGCCUGAUAGUGUUGCUGCCAGGAUUAAGAGAAAACGAUGGGUUCCUGAUGUUGAAGAAUCUCCUGCUCCAAAGAAGAAGACCAAGUCCACUCCAACAACUUCCAAGUCUAAGCAAAAAGAUGUGAAGGGAAAAAGUAAGCAACAGGAAGUUAAAUCCAAGAGUGUCAAGAAGAAGAAGGUUCCAAAGUGGAAGUAUGUGUGUCAACGCAGAGCUGCCAAGGAAAGGGAAGUUGGCUCUGAUGUACUUGAGUGCAAGGAAGUGGUUGCACUUAUUGAAAAGGCUGGACUGAUGAAGACCAUUCUCAAGGUGGGAAGGUGUUAUGAAAAAUUGGUGAGGGAAUUUCUGGUGAAUCUGUCUGUGGAAGUGGGACUUCCUGAAAGUAUUGAGUUUAGAAAGGUGUUUGUAAGGGCAAAAUGUGUUGAAUUCUCCCCUGCUGUGAUCAACAAAGCACUUGGUAGAAGUGUUUUUGAGUUUGUUGAUGAGGAGUUGUCCUUGGAUGUGAUUGCCAAGGAGAUUACUGCUGGCCAAGUCAAGAAGUGGCCCAUCAAGAAGUUGUUGUCUACAGGAACACUGAGUGUGAAGUAUUCCAUCCUUAAACGGAUUGGGGCUGUGAAUUGGGUUCUUACCCAACAUACUUCUGGAGUUUCUGUUGCUCUUGCCAGAUUGAUCUACAAAAUUGGCACUUCUACUGAUUUUGAUUUUGGAGCUUUUGUGUUUGAACAGACCUUGAAGCAUGCUGACACUUGUGCUGUGAAGCUACCCAUCUCUUUUCCGUCUCUUCUUACAGAGAUCAUUCUUCAACAGCAUCCUCAGAUCAUCAGGGCUGAUGAGGUUGCUUUGCCUAAGGGUGUUCCCAUUAUCCUGGAUCAACGAUUGUUUAUGGAGCCACAUGUCCUAGACAUUGCUAUGUCAUUUAGCAGGACUUCUGCCCCUGCUCGUGUGAGUGAAUCUAGGACUAAGGCCAUUAUUGCUGAAUUAAUGGUUGCUUCUAAGGCUCUACAGGAGACUAUCAGGAUCAGCACUACAAGGAAGCUAAAGGUUGAUGCUUUGCUUCUCAAGCUUCAAGAGGAAGAAGGUCACGUGGGUGAGCCAAGUGGUGCUGUUACUGCUCCUCAGGAUGAUAGCACUGAAGAAGAGGGAGAAUCUGAAGAGAGUAUAGAAGAAACUGAAGGAGACUCCAGUUUUGAAAAUUAG